AGGCGGGGGCGCGCGUGGCGUCGCCUCAGUCGUCGGCUCCGCUUCAGCGGCGAGGCCGCGCAAGGAUCGCGAGGCUCCUGUCGCGAUAGAGCGGAGCUGUCGGCGAUAGAGGAACAGCGCUGGGAUGUACAAUGGGAUCGGGCUGCCGACGCCGCGGGGCAGCGGCCCCAACGGCUACGUCCAGCGCAACCUCUCGGCCCUGGGGCCCAAGAAAGGGGGGGGGGGCGGGGACCCCCCCCCCGGCGAGGAGGAGCUGCGGCGACUCGAGGCCGCCCUGGCCAAGAAGCCAAACCCCGACAUCCUCGACCACCAGCGCAAGAGGAGGGUGGAGCUGAAAUGCCUGGAGCUGGCCGAGCUGAUGGAGGAGCAGGGCUACUCGGCCGAGGAGAUCGAGGCCAAGGUGGCCACGUUCCGCACGAUGCUGCUGGAGAAGGACGACGGCCCCGCGGACCCCGAGCAGAAACCCGCGGUGACGGAGACUCACCAGCUGGCCGAGGCUAACGAGCGCAAGAACGAGCGGCUGCGCGCCGCCUUCGGCAUCAGCGACUCCUACGUGGACGGGAGCUCCUUCGACCCCUCCCGGCGCCCCAAGGAGCCUCCCCCGGAGCCCCCCGAGCCAUCCGCCAGUCGCUCCGGGGAGAGGAAGAAGAGCAAGAAGAAGAAGCACAGGUCGGAAUCGGAGGCCAAGAAGCGAAAGCACCGCUCUCCCAGCCCCAAGACCAAGCACAAGGCCAAGGAGAAGAAACGCAAGAGCCCGCCCCCCGCGACGUCGCGCCCCUCCCCCGCGCCCACCCCUCCCCCCGCGCGGCCGAAGUGGGUCCCCCUGGCCGAGCUGAACCCGGCGCCGGCCGCCUCCAAGUGGGUCCCCAUCGGGGGGGGGCAGCCCCUCCCCCCGCAGCCCCUCCCCCCGCAGCCGGCGCCGCCCGGCACCGAAACCGCCAAGUCGGGCGGGGAGGGGGCGGGGCCCGAGGAGAAAACGGCGGAGGCGGCAAGCAAAGCCUCGCCGGGGGCCGCCAAAACCGGGGCGGGGAGCGGCGACGUCAAAACGGCCGUGGGUGAAACCAAGAUGGCCGCCGGCGAAACCAAGAUGGCCGCCGGCGAAACCAAGAUGGCCGCCGGCGAAACCAAGAUGGCCGCCGGCGAAACCAAGAUGGCCGCCGGCGAAACCAAGAUGGCCGCCGGCGAAACCAAGAUGGCCGCCGGCGAAACCAAGAUGGCCGCCGGCGAAACCAAGAUGGCCGCCGGCGAAACCAAGAUGGCCGCCGGCGAAACCAAGAUGGCCGCCGGCGAAACCAAGAUGGCCGCCGGCGAAACCAAGAUGGCCGCCGGCGAAACCAAGAUGGCCGCCGGCGACGGCAAGAUCCCCAACGGCGACGCCAAAGCCCCGCCCCACCCCCUCCCCAAAGCGGAGGCCGCCCCUCCCAAAGCCACGCCCACUUUACCUUCCUCGCCCGUGGCCGCCUCGGCGCUGCCGCCGCUGACGACGCUGGGCAAGGCGGGCGCGGCGCCGCGGGCCGGCGGCGCAAAGAUGGCGGCCGGGCCCGGCAAGAUGGCGGCGGCCAGGUUCCGGUGUCACUCCCGGUGUCUCUUCCGGUGGCUCCGGUGUCACUCCCGGUGUGAUUUCCGGUUCCGGUGUCACUUCCGAUCCGUCCCCUCCGGGGUCUCCCCGCUGGGCGCCGCCAUCCUCAGGGCCAGCGCCGACGCCAACGCCAAAGCCACGGCCAUGGCGGCGCUGGCCGGCGGCCACCGGCUGACCAGUAACACCAGUAACACCAGUAACACCAGUAACACCAGUAACACCAGUAACACCAGCGUGACCGGCGGUGUGACCGCCCACGCCGCGGCCAAGUCCGGCUCCGGCCACUGCGGCCAGUGUGACCAGUUUGACCAGUCCGAGUCAAACCAGUUUGACCAGUCCGGCUCCGGCCGCCACAACCAGUUUGACCAGUGUGACCAGUCCGAGUCAAACCAGUUUGACCAGUCCAACUCCAGCCACCGUGACCAGUUUGAGCGGUCCGAGUCAAACCAGUUUGACCAGUCCAACCAGUUUGACCAGUGUCACCAGUGCUCAGAAGGCCACUGGUGUGACUGGAGUGACCAGUCCGGCUCCGGCCACUGCCACCAGUUUGACCAGUCCGGCUCCAACCAGUUUGACCAGUCCAACUCAUCCCAGUUUGACCAGUCCAGCUCCGGCCACUGUGACCAGUCCGGCUCAAACCAGUGCGACCAGUUUGACCAGUCCGACUCCAACCAGUUUAACCAGUCCAGCUCGUCCCAGUUUGACCAGUCCGGCUCCAACCAGUGCGACCAGUCCAGCUCCGGCCACCACGACCAGUUUGACCAGUCCAACUCGUCCCAGUUUGACCAGUCCAGGUCCAACCACUGCGACCAGUUUGACCAGUCUAAGUCAAACCAGUUUGACCAGUCCAACCAGUGUGACCAGUCCAGCUCGUCCCAGUUUGACCAGUUUGACCAGUCCAACUCGUCCCAGUUUGACCAGUCCAGGUCCGGCCAGCGUGACCAGUGUGACCAGUCCGGCUCGUCCCAGUAUGACCAGUAUGACCAGUGCUGCGGCUCCCAGUGUCACCAGUAGGGGCGUGGCCACAGCUCCCAGUAACACCAGUGUGGGCGUGGCCACGGCUCCCAGUGCUCCCAGUAUGACCAGUAACACCAGUA